GACCCUGUCGUGGCUGAAAAACCAGAUUUCUUUUAUGAAGACUUCGCAAAUGGAGCAACUGUCAUCGGCAACUGGCACGGAAAGGUAAAGGUUUCUUUAAGGGCUGCGAUAAAUUAAACCAUUAGAGAUAUUUAUAAUCACAUUUGCGGCAAAUUGCAAAUGAAUUUGUACCAUGUGACCAAGUUUUCUCUUUACUUGUCUUCAACUGUUCUUUGCUUCUAGAAAAAAUUUCCAGUUUCACAUGAUUUCAUCUUUAAGAAAGGCUUUGGGCUGUUUUUAUCAGCUUAUUUUCUAUUUUGAGAAAUUCUUAACUUGAAUCUACCGUUUUCCGUUUGCAGAAACCGGCCUUUACUAUCUCUCUAUUGUUGUCUUUCUUACCAUAGUCGUUUUUUUCUGCUUAUUAUACUUUCGAUACAGCUAGCUAUUUUAACUAACUUUGAAAUCUGGGAUUCUUAUCAUAACUUAUAUUUGUUCUCUAAAACACUGGGCCUGACUUAACCCACGGUUAAGCCAAAUUUUAAGCAAGAUACUCCUUUCAAGUAACUGAAGCUCUUAAAUAUUACUGAGGCUACACCUCAAGUUUGGUUUCAAACAGUUUGCAAAAAGAGAUAAAAAAGUAUGAUAUAAAAGAGCUAACUUGAUGAGCAUUCACUUAUUUCUACCCCAUCUUUGUAAUUACACUAAUUAGCAUCAAUUGUAGUUUAUUCCCUUCUUUUCUUCAAAUCUUUAUUUGUGUUCUUUGCUGCUCUCACGACAGAAUUAUGUCAUCAAGAUGCAAAUUAAAACCCUGAAACUUGACUUAAAAGUGGUUGUUCGAGAGACUGGCUCUGCACAGGGCGAUGUCUACAGUACUUUCCAAGAGGAACAGGUAACAGACCGCACACAGUGCAUGUCAGUGCGUUUGAACUUUCACAAAAGUAACGUCACUAAAUGAUCAGUCAAACUUCAAAGCUUGCAUUUAAUUGCUAAGAGGCAAACAUAUUAUUUAUUUUCAUGAAUAAAAUGUCGUUGAUUGAUUUUCUGAUAGUUUCAAAAGAAGCGCAUGUAGAUUAAAACUUUUUACCAUUGAACAAUCACAAGAUAAUCGCCUUAAAACUCCCGAUCAGGUUCACUUCAACUUUUAAAAUCCUUGAUUUUAUUUAGAAUCACGACUCGCAAACCUGUUUAAAGCCAGAAAGUGUACCUCUUCCAAAUCACUUCAACAACCAAACUUGUGAACCCAUGCCUCUGAGUUUAACGGAGCAGACAUGGAACAAAUUACGCAGGAAUACAGUAGUGAUAACAGGUAGGACAUGGAACGGAGUAAACAGGGCGUCAAAAACAACUGUUGACUUUGUGGCGACAAUGACCUGUAAAGUUUGCGGUGGAGUUAAGUUUACCGCAGAGUGGAUCUUUGACAAUGUGCCAUUUAUUGCUGAGUGGACCUGGCAGCGAAUCUUGUGGAUGGCGCGGUGGACUUGGGACAAAGCAACCGAUUUUGCAGAGUGGACUUGGUGCCAACUCACUCAACUGGCUAACGGAAUUUGGGAUACGAUUGCAUGGAUUAUUAAUUUCUGUUUUACUUCGAUUUGCGCCUUCAUUGAUACCGUUUCUGAGCUGUACGCUGUAUACGUUAAGAGUAAGUGAAGAUCCUGUUUGUAAAGUAAAUUAUAUAAGCAAAGCUUGACCGUAGGAGCUAAGGAAACACUUCAGAAGGGUAUUUUCGGGAUCUGGGAUACGGUGCAGGAUUCGCUCGGAAAAACAAAAAAUAUCUUUAAAAGGAACCGAGAAUGCGGGAUCAGGACCCGUCCUUUCAGACCCUUGACCCUGUAGACUGUCUCUCGUGCUCAGUCAAACGCGAGAUAAGACUUUCUUACCAAAACAUAGCAGAAACUCACUGAGGUUGUGUGCUCCUGACUCGCCGUACCCGUCUAAUCCAAGUGACUUGGAAAUUUGCUUUGUAUAAUUAGGUACUGUUUUGUUAUCCACAGGUCAUGUGACAUACAUCAGAUCCCUGUUCGGUGGUAUUACCAGACAGGAAAUAAUCAGAACACUGAUUACAAGUUUUGUGUUGGUUUCUACCCUGCUCUUCAUUAACAAGACGAUCACAUAUGUGAUUAGGAGACGAGGGUAAGUGAGUCCUGACUUGCACUUUUAAUUGAAACAAAUGUAUGUGGCAAGUAAUUCAACUCAGAAAACACGACAACAGAAUUGAUCCUCAAGAAGCGCCAACUAGUUUGCUGUUUAGAAAAUAUUUAGAUUUACACCGUUAUACAGUUGUAGCGUUUUCUAAAUGACCCCACCGGUGAUCGUCUUUAAACAACGCAAGGUUGUUCUUAGCAAAUUCUUGCGGGUAGUUUCCGUACAGUGUCCGCAGUCCUUUCGUUUUUGACCUGAACAUGAAAUCAUCAGUCAUGGAGUUUUACAAAUGUCAUUUGUAAAACGCUUUGUAGAGAAAUCAGUUUUUGCGACUCGCUUAAAACUUUCAGUUUAAAUAGCUUAAUUAAAUAGCUUAAGAAAACGGCCAACAUGCAUUUGGCGACGCUAUCACUGGCUUCCCCGCCAAAUGACGUCCGUGAAACUAAAGCAGAAAUUCCAUGCUGAUGACGCGCCACCACCGAGAUCUGGGUAGCGCUUCUGAUUGGUUGAAUCAAAUUUCCCACGCAGCACGACCAACUAGAAACACUACCCAGAUCUGGGAAGUGACGCGUCAUCAGUAUGGAGUUUCUCCGCUCGUUUCUCGGACGUCAUUUGGAGGGGAAACCAGUGGUAGGUCGCCAAAUGUCGGCUGUUUUCUCCGGCUAGAAAUUAAACAAUAUGACAUAGGUGCAGUCUUUCUUAGCACAAUUGAAAGGACCCAAAGAUAAGUAUGAAUUCUGAUGACGUCAGUGGUGGAGUCAGCCUGAGAAAGCAGUCGACAUUUCGCGACACCACCGCAGGAAACUCCGCGAAGUUAAGUCUGAUCUAGAAGCUAGCGCAGAAAUUCCGUACUAGUGACACGUCACUACCUAGAUCUGGGUGGUGCUUCUGAUUAGCUAAAGCAGCUUGUCCAAUCAGAAAAACUAUCAAUAUCUCGGUAGUGACGCGUCAUGAGUAUGGAAUUUCUACGUUUCUCAGACGUGAUUUCGCGGGGAAACCUGUGGCGGAGUCUCGAAAUGUCGGCUGUUCUCUCAGGCUAUUGCUAGGUCCAAAAUUUGAGUAUGAAGGGGGGGUAUGAAAGGCAGAUCUGGCGACUAAUUAGUACCUAAAGAUAGAAAAUACAGCAUCUAAGUUAAUAAUCUAAGAAUGUUUUUUUUCUUGACAGACACGCGCGGUUGGAAAAGGAAGCUACCGGACGUGUAGCAUCUGCAGCUUCGCAAAAGCCAAUAUGGCGUCCAAAACCAAAGAAGAAAAAGAAAAUUGACAAGAAGGGCUGGUAG